UUUCUCACAAUUUUUCAAAGGAAUAUUUCCGUGUAAUAAAUUUAAAGCACACUCGCAAAUGCAGCGAAUUAAAUCUUUAUUAGCGUGUUGUAUUAUUACCCGGCGUAGCCUGGGUGGUGCGUAGAUGAGAGCGUGUAAUAAGGCUGUAUUCUUUUCUCCAAGCGACUUGCGAACAGAGCCGCUUUCAGAACGACUUCUCGUUGCCAUCACACAUGAACGACUGGUACACUCCGUGAUGCCCCUCCUCCUUUUAUAUUGCGAUCCUUCCGCGGAAUAUAAACAUAAUGAUGGGGAUCACUGGGGAAUACAUUGGUACGAAACCUACAGUUUUCAGGAGUCGAUUGUUUCAAAUCUAGCAACAAAUAGCCAUGAGCUGCCGAAGUUGCAUCAAAAUAGGCUUCUUGCAGAAAUUUUGGAUCUUCUGGGUAUAUUUGACGAGCCAAAUGGGCAAUUUGUGCACGAUCUCUGGGAUUUUUAAAUACGACGAUGUAAUUUGUAUUCAAUGAAAUGUCUCUCUGUCCUUUGCCUUGGUGGAAUAAAUUUUGAGAUAGAAACAUUACACUGAGAUUUUUAUGAUGGCUUCCUUUUGUAAAUAAAUCAACUAUUGCACCAUUCGAAGAUUCCCGCAUCAAAUCGUCCACGACAACCAAUUUUGGCUUAUUAUCAUCAAAAUCUCCAGAUCUUGGUAGGCCUUCACGAAAUUCGACAAAAUUAUUAUCAUAAUCCGAAUAUCCAUUCUGCCACUCAGCGUAAUAAAAGAUCACUUUUUCAAUUUGUGUAUCGCACAUUUGCUUAAUUUCCUUCAAAAACCUUUUAACAAAAAAUGUUUUUCCACAACCCGUGGGACCACAAAUCAUUGCAGUAAAGGGAUGUUUCCACCUCGUGUCCAUAUUGCCUUCUGAUUAAUCAUGCCUAAAAUCUCAUCAUUUUAUACAAUUUUACGAUAUCCGAAAAUAUGGAUUUGAAAAUGCUAGAGAGGGGCGUGACGUAAUGCACCUGUAUUGGGGUCAAGUGGGCUUGCCUAUGACUAGGACAAGGACAAUGCGCGUAGGCGGGGGCAGGUAAAAAAGGCGAAGAAGUGCAGUAGCCCCCCUGUGGCGCCAACAGUAAAACCCCUGACUUUUCCCAAUAUAGCCCGAAUUUUCUCGCACUAACUGCAGUCGUCCAAGGGACAUUCACAAUGUCGGACCCAAACGAUUUAGCGGGGCCCAGUGACCCGUCCGAAGAAAAUACUACACCUCCACAGGGAGAUUUUGAUUGGAUAAAUAAUUUUGAUCUUGAGUUAUUCGGUGAUUUUGCCAUUGAAAAUAAUUUUGAUGGAGAUUUAUUCGAAAAUUUUAAUUCUGCGCUCUUUGAUAUUCAAUGUGGUGGUGGUGAAAAUGUUGUGAGUGACCCUAAGGCUUUGGAAGCUGUUGAAGAGUUUAAUCUAGAUUUACUAGAUCAGCAGAAUGAUCAACAAAAUGGCCGCGAAGAAGAGAUUGAAAAUCGAUUGCCGGCCUUAAGGACAAUACGACGAUCACGCCAGAGACUUCCACGUUUCAAACUCGACACACAUGUGAUGGAGUUUGCAAUCAACCCUUUACCUGAAAGUCGUGACCCUGCCGACUGGGUUGAAGAAGCUUUUCGUGAUGUCUAUAAUAAAAUUAUUGAGGCUGGAGGACGUGGUAUGAAUCGAAUGUGCCUUACAUUCAAUUUUGCAAAUAUGCAAAGAGACAAUGCCUGGAUAAGUCCACGUGCGAUCAAAGGAUAUGAGUUUCAAGAUCUAUGGAAUCUUGUUAGUUCUAUCGCGCAGAGCGCAAACGGUUUCGGAUGUGCCGAUAAGUUUUGGAUCAAACUUCACGUGGCUGAAGCCCCGGUAGGUCAAGGUUUCCUUGAAAACGGCAUGAAAAGAGGGUUUAGUAGAAAAUGUAUCCUUCAGAUUUCGAAUGAAGAUGGCUUGUGUCUAGCCCGAUCACUUGUUGUGGCCAAAGCACAUGCAGAAAAAUUAAAAACCAGAGCUGAUAAGGGCAAGAUCCACGAGGUAUGGCAGGCAAUCCGGCAAUGCAAGGGAAAAAUGCAACGUAAGGAGGCCGAAAGGCUAACUCGAAGGGCAGGAGUCAUUGCUCCUGACGAAGGCUGUGGUCUACAGGAAGUUGCUCAAUAUCAGCGAUACUUGGCUGAAGAAGGAUGCCUUAUCAAGGUCUAUUCCCUCAUGAGAAACGGAAAAGAUCACCCUGUGCUCUACGAUGGUACACCUGAAUUGAUUAGCAGAAAGAUGGCCGUCCGAUAUACCUUACCGAUUGUGUAUUAUCCUGAAGAGAACCACUAUGAGCCAAUCCAAAAUUUACCUUCAUUCUUUGGCGUGAAGUAUUAUUGCGAGCAUUGCAACAAACCUUACACUACGCAAGGACAUGUUUGUGAUAGGACUUGUGAUAGGUGUUUGAAGAAUCCUCCGUGUGACUCUACGAUUGUUGAUAAAAUAGUGUGUGACGAUUGUAAUCGAGAGUUUCACGGGCAAUUGUGCUUCGAUCAACAUAAGAAACCAGGAUCUUUCAGCGGAAAUAACCCCACCGUCUGUGACUAUAUAAAAUUGUGUGGACAAUGUAAUACGAAAAUUGAUCAUCGCAAAGCUCAGAAUCAUGUGUGCCAUAAAUAUUAUUGCAACGUAUGUCAAAAGGACGAAGAUAUUUCUCAUCUCUGCUAUAUGCCCACCUUAAAAAGCAAGAAAAAAUUGACUUUGAAACGCGUGGCGUUUGUUUUCUACGACUUUGAAACCAGACAGGAUGAGCUUCUGCAAGGAACUACAGAUGUCAACGUACACAUUCCUAAUCUUUGCGUUGCCCAAACUGUGUGUGAUCGUUGUGCAGAUAUGACCGACGAUGACAUUGUGAACGCCAACGAUAAUCACGGAAAUCCGUGUGGCGUGUGUAAACAUCGGGAAAAUGUUUUCGAUGGUGAGGAUCCUGUGCGAGGAUUUGUUGAUUACAUCACGUCGAUGGGUAAGACGUAUAAAAAAGUAGUUUGUAUUGCACAUAACGCGAAAGGCUAUGAUUCACAAUUCGUUUUGAGAGACGUCAUGAAACGCAUUAACAGUCAAAUUAAAGCGAUAAUUAACGGAACAAACAUUAUCUUGAUGGAUUUUGGGGAUAAUAAAUUUAUAGACAGUUUAAAUUAUUUUCACAUGGCUCUUGCAAGUUUACCGAAAGCUUUUGGAUUGGGGAAUAUAGCGAAAGGCUAUUUUCCACAUUUUUUCAAUACAAAAGACAAUCAAAACUACGUAGGGCCUAUACCUGAUAGAAAAUAUUAUGGUGCUGACACUAUGGGUGUCCAAGAUCGUGAAAAAUUCUUAUCCUGGUAUAAUGAUCGUGUCGAAGAAGAUUAUGAAUUUGAUUUUCGUAAAGAAAUUCUUCAUUAUUGCAGACUUGAUGUUACAAUUUUGAGACGAGCCUGUGUUGAAUUUCGAAAACUGAUUAUGAAUGCUGGAAAUGUAUGUCCUUUUACAGAGUGUGUAACGAUUGCGUCUACAUGCAUGCGUAUUUUUCAAACAAAUUUCUUAAAAGACAAGCAGAUAGGCAUUAUACCACAGGGAGGAUAUCGGUUAGGGAAAACGCAGUCGAAAAUCGCAAUUGAAUGGCUCUUGUGGCGCGAACAUUGCGAGAAUCAUCGAAUAAUACAUGCCGGACGAACUCGUGAGCACAGAACAACUUCAGGCCUGCGUCUAGAUGGUUUUUGGGAGGAUACCGCCAAUAAUAAUAAGAAAUAUGCAUAUCAGUUCCACGGGUGUUAUUGGCACGGAUGCCCACGGUGUUUCAAAUUCAAUAGAGAUAAAGAGUUGAGUCACAAGGAUACACUAGAGAGCCGAUAUGAGAGAACAGGGGCGAUUACACGGGAAUUGCGACACUCGGGUUAUGAAGUCGUUGAAAUGUGGGAAUGCGAUUUUAUUCGUCAAAAAAAGACAGAUCAUGUGUUGGCGAAUUUUGUAGAAAACGUUGAUCAGCAAAUGUUUAUAGCGCUGGAUCCGCGCGAUGCAUUUUUCGGGGGACGAACAGGAAAUACCGUAACACAUUAUGAUGUAAAAGAUAAUGAGAAAAUUCGCUAUGUUGAUGUUUGUUCGUUAUACCCAUACGUUUUAAAGACAGGGGUUUUCCCGAUUGGACAUCCCACUGUCCAUGUGGGGCGUGAUUGUCAGCUUAUAUGCCCUAAUAAUAAUAUUUCGCGGAUAGAAGGUCUCGUGAAAUGUCGCGUUUUACCCCCUCGUCAAUUAUUUCACCCUGUUUUACCAGUAAAAGCCCAUGGAAAGUUACUGUUCCCUCUCUGUCGAUCAUGCUGCGAUGAUCUUGUACAAGAUAAUUGCCCUCAUGAUGAUCCCGCUGCUCGCGAAUUUUUGGGAACUUGGGUCGCUCCAGAACUUCGUAAAGCCGUAGAAAUGGGGUAUAAAAUAUUAGAAAUCAGUGAGCUUUGGGAGUAUAAGAGUACUACGCGUUAUAAUCCUGUGACGCGAACAGGUGGAUUAUUUGCCGAAUACAUUAACACUUUUUUGAAAAUAAAACAAGAGGCUUCGGAUUGGCCUGCUGAGUGUGUAGAUGAUGAAUCAAAGAAUCGAUAUAUUGCUGAAUAUGAGACGCGAGAAGGUAUAAAACUUGACAAAGAUAAAAUUCAAAAGAAUGCCGGAUUAAGAGCCGUAGCAAAACUUUGUUUAAACUGUCUCUGGGGUAAAUUUGGGGAGAGGGAGAACUUGACAAAAAAAGCUAUUAUUCGAACACAUGAGGAAUUUGCAAAUAUAAUGUUUAAUCCUGAAAUUGAAGUAACAGGACUUGUUCCUGUCGAUAACGACACUCUCUUCAUGUCCUGGAAACAUUUAAACGAAGCCGCGGAAAUGUCCACUAAGGCUAAUGUUGUUAUUGCGGCUUAUACAACCGCUCACGCGCGUCUAAAGUUAUAUUCUUAUCUAGAAAAACAACAAGAACGUGUUUUAUAUUAUGAUACAGAUUCGGUAAUUUACGUCAGCGAUGGAUCAAAUGAAUUACCGCUAGGGAAUUUUCUAGGGGAUUUGACCGACGAAGUAGAGGGCUACGGAGAAGGAAGUUUCAUUACUUCUUUUGUCUCUGGGGGGCCUAAAUUUUAUACUUAUCGCGUAAAAAAACCGGACGGUAGUAUCGCGGAAGUUAGUAAAAUAAAAGGGGUUAGACUGAAUUAUGAAUCGCGUAAACAAAUUCAUUACGACUCGAUUCGCGCGCUCGUUGUCGAUAAAGCAGAUCCCUACCAGAUCGACUAUCAUGGUAUCCGUCGGACAGUGUAUCAUGACGUCAUCACGAAACCUGAGAGUAAGAUCGUACGUGCGACAGGACCAAAACGGCGGCUUGAUGGUUUCGCGACACUGCCCUAUGGUUUCAAAAAACCGCGAUUGAACCGCUGCUAGUUGGCGCGCACUGUUUUUUUUUAAAUUAAGUAUUUUAUGCAUUUAGAUUAAUUGUUGUAGUUUUGUAUAAUAUUGUUAUGCACGAAAAACGUUUGUAGGCCUGCAUUAUUUAAUAAUUAAUUAAACAAUUUAAUGAGUAGGGGCUAUUCCUCCACUCGCUUAAUAUUUUAUUGUAGCCUCGAAUAGUUAUUAUUAAUGGAUAGGGAAUCGUUUGUUGAUAAUUAAUAUCCAAAUUACAUAUUUUUAAGUUUGUUUGUUCAUUAGAUAUUAAUUUUUUAAAAAAUGGGCCCUACAAUGUUUACAUUUGAGCAGAGCCUCCUGGUGUCAGGAAGCGGCCCUACGUUUUUACCGACACUGUGGAAUUCUGGGAAUCUACGUUUCUGGGAGGGGUUACCGACUGUCAGGGGGGCGCCACCGUCAGCUUUGACGGGGCGGGUUUUUAGCCGUUCGUAUUUCGAAUUGAAAUACGAAGUUUCAAAAACCCGCGGCCCGCGAAAAUGAAAAGUAUCUGUAAGAAAAAUGUAAUUUAUACGAAGAAAUAAAUAAAUAAAUGAAUAAAA